AUGCCGCGCCCUCACCCCAACAACCAUUCUCACCCGAUAGACUACGAUCGUCUCCAAAUCUACCUUGCUAUCUGUAAGCCAAACUAUCAUGGCUGGGACUAUUGGAUGAUUAUCUUGGUCCAUCCAUUCGACAUGCAAUGCACAUAUCUCCAUUGUUCCGGAGGACCAGGCGACCGUGAAUUCUUUAUUGAAGAAGACAUGCGUUUCGAUGACAGGACCAUCGCAGAGCACAAGUAUAUUGCCACCAUUCUUGCUUCCUCUCUUCCGACCGUGAUUCACGAGGCUAGGAAGCUCCCACUACAGAGUUGUCAACCGUGGGCUUGCUACCUGAUUUUUAGACUCGAGCAGAAGGGAUUCGUCAAGUCGGGAACCUUUGAUCAUUAUAUGUAUGAGUACCGUCACCUCAUGACCGAGAAUCUUGGCGCCGGAGAUGAUUUUCCCCUCGGUAUUAGCAUGUAG